GGAGCCAAAAGUAUAUUGAUUUGGUUUCACUUCAGAACAGCCAUUUCUGAGACAUUCUCCUUCAAGAACACAGCCAUGUGGCUACCACAGCUGCUCAUCCUCACGGUGCUUUUAGCAUCUGUAGUUCAUGGUGGCAAACACAAUGAGAGACAUCCAGCCAUUGCUGCUCCACUGCGACACGCUGAGCGCAGCCCAGGAGGCGCUCUCCCUCCCAGACAUCUUCUCCAGCAGCCAGCUGCAGAGCGCUCUACUGCUCAUCGAGGACAAGGGCCACGUGGAGCUGCCAGAGGAGUUCGUGGACCAGGCGCCCCAGGAGCACAGAUUGCAGCCCAAGCUUUCAGCCGCGCCCCAAUUCCCAUGGCAGUGGUCCGCAGAGAGCUCUCCUGUGAGAGCUACCCCAUUGAGCUCCGCUGUCCCGGCACAGACGUCAUCAUGAUCGAGAGCGCCAACUACGGGAGGACAGAUGACAAGAUCUGUGACUCGGACCCUGCUCAGAUGGAGAAUAUUCGGUGUUAUCUGCCAGAUGCCUAUAAGAUUAUGUCUCAAAGAUGCAAUAACAGAACCCAGUGUGCAGUGGUGGCAGGUCCUGAUGUAUUUCCAGACCCAUGUCCGGGAACAUAUAAAUACCUUGAAGUGCAGUAUGAAUGUGUCCCUUAUAAAGUGGAACAAAAAGUUUUUCUUUGUCCCGGACUGCUAAAAGGAGUAUACCAGAGUGAACACUUAUUUGAAUCUGACCACCAAUCUGGGGCAUGGUGCAAAGACCCUCUACAGGCUUCUGACAAGAUUUACUAUAUGCCCUGGACUCCCUACAGAACUGACACCCUGACAGAGUAUUCGUCCAAAGAUGACUUCAUUGCUGGGAGGCCAACAACUACCUACAAGCUCCCUCACAGAGUUGACGGCACUGGAUUUGUAGUAUAUGAUGGUGCCUUGUUCUUCAACAAGGAGCGUACAAGGAAUAUAGUAAAGUUUGAUUUGAGGACUAGGAUAAAAAGUGGAGAGGCAAUCAUAGCAAAUGCCAAUUACCAUGACACCUCCCCCUACCGAUGGGGUGGCAAGUCUGACAUAGACUUGGCAGUGGAUGAAAAUGGAUUAUGGGUAAUCUAUGCAACAGAACAGAACAAUGGCAAAAUUGUCAUUAGCCAGUUGAACCCUUACACCCUACGGAUUGAGGGGACAUGGGACACUGCAUAUGAUAAAAGGUCAGCUUCCAAUGCAUUUAUGAUUUGUGGGAUUCUGUAUGUGGUCAAAUCUGUCUAUGAGGAUGACGACAACGAGGCCACCGGAAAUAAGAUUGACUACAUUUACAACACUGACCAAAGCAAGGAUAGUCUGGUGGAUGUACCCUUUCCCAACUCAUACCAGUACAUAGCAGCUGUGGAUUACAAUCCCAGGGACAAUCUGCUUUAUGUGUGGAAUAACUACCAUGUUGUGAAAUACUCUUUGGACUUCGGGCCUCUGGAUAGUAGAUCAGGGCCAGUGCAUCAUGGACAGGUUUCCUACAUCUCUCCACCAAUUCACCUUGACUCUGACCUAGAAAGGCCCCCUGUCAGAGGGAUGUCUACCACAGGACCCCUGGGUAUAGGCAGCACAACCACCAGCACCACCCUCCGGACCACAACCUGGAACAUAGGGAGGAGUACCACCCCAUCCUUGCCCGGCAGAAGAAACCGCAGUACCAGCACGCCGUCCCCAGCAGUAGAGGUGCUGGAUGACAUUACCACACACCUGCCCUCUGCAGCCUCCCAAAUCCCAGCUAUGGAAGAGAGCUGUGAGGCUGUGGAAGCCCGAGAAAUCAUGUGGUUUAAGACCCGACAGGGGCAAGUAGCAAAGCAGCCAUGCCCAGCAGGAACCAUAGGUGUAUCAACUUACCUAUGUCUUGCUCCUGAUGGAAUAUGGGAUCCCCAAGGACCAGAUCUCAGCAACUGCUCUUCUCCUUGGGUCAACCACAUAACACAAAAGUUGAAAUCUGGAGAAACAGCUGCCAAUAUUGCCAGAGAGCUAGCGGAACAGACCCGAAAUCAUUUGAACGCUGGGGAUAUCACCUACUCAGUUCGUGCCAUGGACCAGCUGGUUGGUCUUUUGGAUGUCCAGCUCAGGAAUUUGACACCAGGGGGAAAAGACAGCGCUGCCCGCAGCUUGAAUAAGCUUCAGAAAAGAGAGCGCUCUUGCAGAGCCUAUGUCCAGGCGAUGGUGGAGACAGUUAACAACCUCCUUCAGCCACAAGCUUUGAAUGCCUGGAGAGACCUGACGACUAGUGAUCAACUGCGUGCGGCCACCAUGUUGCUAGACACCGUGGAGGAGAGCGCUUUCGUGUUAGCCGAUAACCUUUUGAAGACAGACAUUGUCAGGGAGAAUACAGACAAUAUUCAGUUAGAAGUUGCAAGGUUGAGCACGGAAGGAAAUCUAGAAGAUCUAAAAUUUCCAGAAAACACAGGCCAUGGAAGUACUAUCCAGCUUUCAGCAAAUACAUUAAAGCAAAAUGGCCGGAAUGGAGAAAUUAGAGUGGCCUUUGUCCUGUAUAACAACCUGGGUCCUUAUUUGUCUACGGAGAAUGCCAGUAUGAAGUUGGGCACAGAAGCUAUGUCCACAAAUCAUUCGGUUAUCGUCAAUUCUCCUGUUAUUACAGCAGCAAUAAAUAAAGAAUUCAGUAAUAAAGUGUAUUUGGCUGAUCCUGUUGUAUUUACUGUUAAACAUAUCAAGCAGUCAGAGGAAAAUUUCAACCCUAAUUGUUCAUUUUGGAGCUAUUCCAAACGCACCAUGACAGGUUAUUGGUCAACACAAGGCUGUCGACUCCUGACAACGAACAAGACACAUACUACAUGCUCCUGUAACCACCUCACCAACUUUGCAGUAUUGAUGGCACAUGUGGAAGUUAAGCACAGCGAUGCAGUCCACGAUCUUCUUCUGGAUGUGAUCACGUGGGUUGGAAUCUUGUUGUCUCUUGUUUGUCUCCUGAUUUGCAUCUUCACAUUCUGCUUCUUCCGUGGGCUCCAGAGUGACCGUAACACCAUUCACAAGAACCUCUGCAUCAGCCUGUUCGUGGCAGAACUGCUCUUCCUGAUUGGAAUCAACAGAACCGACCAACCAAUUGCUUGUGCAGUGUUCGCGGCUCUUUUGCAUUUCUUCUUCUUGGCGGCCUUCACCUGGAUGUUUCUAGAAGGGGUGCAGCUGUAUAUCAUGCUGGUGGAGGUCUUUGAGAGUGAGCAUUCCCGUAGGAAGUACUUUUAUCUGGUUGGCUAUGGGAUGCCCGCACUCAUCGUGGCCGUUUCUGCUGCUGUCGACUACAGGAGCUACGGAACAGACAAAGUAUGUUGGCUUCGUCUUGACACCUACUUCAUUUGGAGUUUUAUAGGACCGGCGACCUUGAUAAUUAUGCUGAAUGUAAUCUUCCUUGGGAUUGCUUUAUACAAAAUGUUUCACCAUACUGCUAUACUGAAACCUGAAUCAGGCUGUCUUGAUAAUAUCAAGUCGUGGGUUAUAGGUGCAAUAGCCCUGCUCUGCCUGUUAGGAUUGACCUGGGCCUUUGGACUCAUGUAUAUUAAUGAAAGCACAGUCAUCAUGGCCUAUCUCUUCACCAUUUUCAAUUCUCUACAGGGAAUGUUUAUAUUCAUUUUCCACUGUGUCCUACAGAAGAAGGUACGGAAAGAGUAUGGGAAAUGCCUACGCACGCAUUGCUGUAGUGGGAAAAGCACGGAGAGUUCAAUUGGCUCAGGGAAAACAUCUGGUUCUCGAACUCCAGGACGGUAUUCCACAGGCUCACAGAGCCGGAUUCGGAGAAUGUGGAAUGACACCGUCCGAAAGCAGUCAGAGUCGUCCUUCAUUACUGGAGACAUAAACAGCUCAGCGUCGCUCAACAGAGAGGGGCUUCUGAACAAUGCCAGGGAUACAAGUGUCAUGGAUACUCUACCACUGAAUGGUAACCAUGGCAACAGUUACAGCAUUGCUGGCGGCGAAUACCUGACCAACUGUGUGCAAAUUAUAGACCGUGGCUAUAACCACAACGAGACCGCCCUAGAGAAAAAGAUCUUAAAGGAACUCACUUCCAACUAUAUCCCUUCAUACCUGAACAACCACGAGCGCUCCAGCGAACAGAACCGGAAUAUGAUGAACAAACUGGUGAACAACUUAGGCAGCGGGAGUGAAGAUGACGCCAUAGUCUUGGAUGACGCAGCGUCCUUUAACCAUGAGGAGAGUCUGGGCCUGGAACUCAUUCACGAGGAAUCCGAUGCUCCCUUGCUGCCCCCGAGGGUUUACUCCACGGAUAACCACCAGCCACAUCAUUACAGCAGGAGGCGGCUCCCCCAGGACCACAGCGAGAGCUUCUUCCCUCUGCUAACCGACGAGCACACAGAAGACCUGCAGUCACCGCACAGGGACUCCCUGUACACCAGCAUGCCGGCCCUGGCAGGCGUGCCCGCUGCAGACAGUGUGACCACCAGCACCCAGACCGAAACCGCAGCGGCCAAGGGUGGUGACGCCGAAGAUGUUUACUACAAAAGCAUGCCAAACCUGGGCUCCAGAAACCACGUGCACCCGCUGCACGCCUACUACCAGCUGGGGCGCGGCAGCAGCGACGGAUUCAUAGUUCCUCCCAAUAAAGAUGGGACCUCUCCGGAGGGGACGUCCAAAGGACCCGCGCACUUGGUCACUAGUCUAUAGAAGAUGACACAGACAUGGCAACCAACAGGACUGCUAACACCUGGUGGACCAUCCUGAGUCGAUAUAAGCAGUGGUCCUCGUGUGUUCUCUGACAUCUGAUGCUGUUCUCAAAAGAGAGACUCUCUGACAUUUUUUUUUUAAACUUGAAUUUUUAGGUCAGCCCAGGGGAGAAAGCUAACUGCUGAGAUCCUCCUGUGCCCCAUUCUUUCCCUUCCUUUCCCCUCAGAUGGAGACUUCAUUAUGUUAAUGAACGAGAUAAGAAGAAAAUGGCGCUCAUUGUGGCCUUGUUGAGUUAUGUUGUGUUUGUUUAACAUCUCUGAUGCUCUGUUACUAGAAUUACAAGGACCUGAUUUUUUUUUAAAAAAGGCCAGAACUAUUGUUUGAAAUUAGUAACAAUGCUGCAUCUCGAUUGGAGUGCUGCCCCGCCCGUAGAAGCAGAGCAGAACUGUAUCACAUAGCGGUUCACGGUCACUCGAAACCUGAGUUCACCACAGCGGGAAUAGCCGUGAAAAACAAAAGCAAAACAACAAAAUUAAUAAUCUGAUGGAGGGGAAUUCUAGAAUUAUAUGCUAAAUGCAUAUUUUAUGAUUUGCUGUAUUAACUGAUGAUAAAACUAAUGGCAGAAAUAAAUUGAACAAUUUCUAUGUAAUGUACAGAUACUAGCAUUGCGCAUAUAGUCUUUUCUGUUCCUCCAGAAUCUGAGUCCUGUUAAUGUAGUGGCAAAGAAGAAAUUUUCCUUUUCUUUUGUGCUAGUCUUGCAAGUUUGUCUACCAGUAAAAGAGCAAAGUUUCCUUCCUUUCUUGUUUUCUUUCUUUUUAUUUUUUUGUCCCCUCUUCCCCCACUUUUUUUUUCUUUAAAAAUUCACCUGGCAAAAAAAUAAUAAUAAAUAAAUGAAGCUAUCACUUUAUAAGAAUCAUUUUCUAGUAAUGCAAACAGAUUAUUUUUUAACAAAAAAUAAAAUAAUAAAAUAAAUAAAAUUAGACUUCCUUCCCUCGCUAUAUAUCUUUAUCCAGCCCAAGUAUUUCCAACGUCAUUUUGCAAAUUAGAGCAGGACAAAUUUUAUGUUUUCGGGGCACAUCUGUUGUAAUAAUGCAAAGCAUAUUUGGCAAGCAGUUCAUCAACAAGGCAGUAGCUACGAUUCUAGAAGCUAAGAGGUGUCUCUAGAGCUAGAGGGGCUUCUGCAUGUGAAAUGCUGUAUUCCAUAGGCGUUAAAAGUGCUGACUGUGCAGUCUGACCCCCAAGUGGGCACCUGCACUACCAAUUGUUAGAGGAAAUUCACUCCCUGGUAGUGUGAGUUGAAAGGUCAAAUUAUUUUGAAGUAUUUUUUUUAAAGAUUUCUGUUAACAGGGAAAUUUAUUUAUUUGACAGGAUUUUAAGUAAUGUAGGAAUACAAAUGGUAAAUUAGCAGCACAUAUAAUUUUUUUUUAAAUUUAUGAUCCAUUUUGUACGGUCUCAAGUUGGAUGACCUCAUUACUAAUAUUUGUUGUAAAAGUGAAACUUGUUUGCCGACCAAUAAACAACUGAUUGAGAUUUAGAAGAGAUUGCUUUGACGUAUGUACUAUAUUGUCAAGUCCUCUUUUGACUUUUCUUGCCUUUCCUUUUCUCUAAUUUUUCAGAGUCUAAACUCUCCUUUACUAUUGUGACCCAAGUGAGCAACACACACACACACACACACACACACACACACACACACUA